AUGGCUGUUGAACAGGCAGCUGAGAAUUUCGGUGAUGAAUACAAGGCAACUGAUAUCAAUUCGUCUAUUGUUGUUGCAUGCGACAGCUCAUCUAGCUUAUAUAUCCAGGAAUUUGUCAAUAAUGGGACUGACUUCCGUGCAACGCUCGCUGGGUUCAUGGGCCUCGGCUUGGCAGAUCCGAGUAUUCGAUUGUAUCCUACACAAUUAGUUGAAGGGGUUUGCUGUAGUUCCGAGCAGGCUUUUAGAACGGUCUCUCGGGAUAUGAUUGAGAUGGCGGACAAUAGAGUUCCGUUGGGGCUGGAUAGUAGGAGUGCUUGA